AUGUGGAAAAGUACAUUUUCUGAACCACCAGAAAAAUACACACAAGAUAAGGAGAGGCAUAAAUCUACAUUUUUCUCUCUUUUUAACAAAAAAAAAAAGUCAAACAAAUCAGGUUAUAGCCCCUCUGAAAAUAGUAUCCAUUUUUCUAAAAGUCAUGAAAAAUCAAAAGAUAAAAAAAAGAAAAAUGGACAUUCAAAUGAAGAAGUAAGUGAUAGCGAAAUGAUAAAAAAUAAAGUUGAACAUAUGAAGAUGUCUAAUAGUAAUUAUCUAAAAAAUUAUGAUUCUAAAAACAAAAAAAGAGAAAGUUUUUUUCAAAAAAUUAAUAUAUUACGAAAAUUAAGAAAUUAUAAAAUAAAAAAAUCUGCUACUACAUUUUAUAUGGAUCAUGAAGAAAGUUCGUCCUUAGGACUUGACGAUGAGAAUAUGGGAAAAAAUGAAUAUGUAAAAAAAAAAAAAAAAUAUAGCAUAAAAAGUGAAUUUAUUAAUUUAAAAAAUAAAGCGCAAUCAUUGAAAAAUAGUAUUUAUUUUAGUAGCAGCAAAAACAGUAUUGAAAGUAAUUACUACAAUCGAAGUAACAAAGAAUAUAUGGGAAAAAGGGGAUAUAACAUUUUUAAUUUGAAUAAAGAAAACUCUAAACAAUUUAAUAAUCCAUAUUCAUCAUCAGAGAAAGCAAAUUCUUUAAUAACAAAUGUUAAUAUUAAAAAUAAAAAAGAUAAAUAUGGAGAACAAGAUUUUUCGAAUGUAUCUAACAUAAGUUGUCUAUCUGAAAAAAAAAACAAUAACAACAAUAAUAAUAUUAGUCAUAGUAGUAGUAAUAAUAGUAAUUCAGAAAGACAUAAAAAUAAACAUUUUUUUGAACAAAAAUUUGAUGUAGAUAUAUGGAAAGAGAAUAAUAAUUUAAUGAACGAUAAAAAUCAUGUAACACAUUUUGGUGAACAUUCUUUUAAUAUUAAAAGAGAGAAUGAAACUAUACUUGAAAAUUAUUAUAAAGAUAAAGAAAAAGAAAGUUAUACGAACAACAAUAACUUACAAUCAAAUCACAAAGAAAGCACGAUUAGACAAUGUUCUCAAAAUGGGAACUUUAACAUGGUAGUUCCUAAGAAUGGUUAUAAUAGCAUGUAUAAUAAAGAAAAAAAUGAUAACAAUAAUAAUAUUAGAAGUAUAAAUAUGAUUAGUGAAUAUGUGAAGAAUGAAAAGACUGAACAAAUUAUAGGCAUAGACAGAGAAAAAAAAAUAUGUAACAUCAUUAAAAAAAAUGAAAUAGAAAAGAAAGGAAAAGAUAUUAAACCAGAAGCAAAUUAUACAAAUAAUUUAUCCAAAGUAAACAAUAUAUAUAUCUCCGAAUUUACUCAAAAUAGGACUGAUAAUACUAUAAAUAAUGAUGAUAUACAAAAAGAAAUGGUAUUAAAAUUAAUGUAUAACAACAAAGGAAUAUAUUUUAAUAAAGAUAAAUAUAUAGAUAACUCUAAUAGUAGAGAAAAUAAUAUAUAUAAAAGUUAUACAGUAAAUAAUGAAAAUAUAAAAUAUAUCCCCCGCAAUAAAUCUAGUAUAAAUUUCAAAAAUAAUAAUAAUAAAAAUAAUGUAUUUUCUAAAGAAUAUAAACAUGAUAUUAUUAAUGAUGAUAAUCAAAAUAAUAUAAUUAAUAAGUAUAUAAUUAGUCCAUUAUAUAAUUUAUUUGCCCAAACAAAAAAUGAAGCAGAAAAAAAAUUAACUACAUCAUAUAAUAAAAUAAGUAGCUUGCCAUAUCAUCAAAUAUUUCAAAAAUAUACUAGUGAGUUACAAAAAACAUACAAAACAAUGUAUGACAUAUAUGAAUUUCCCAAAAUGUGCAGUAUGGAAUAUUCGAAAAAAUCUUUUAGCAAUAUGAGAAACGGUGCUAAUAACAACAAUCAUAACAAUGGAAAUAAAAAUGAGAAUAAAAAUGAGAAUAAAAAUGAGAAUAAAAAUGAAAAUAAAAAUGAAAAUAAAAAUGAAAAUGAAAAUGCUAAUGAUUAUAUGGACUGGAAUAAUCGAUUCUAUAGAAAUACAUAUGCCCAUGCAAAACACAAUGCUUAUAAGAACAUUGGCAUGAUUAAUGAGAGUAAUGCAAUUGGUUUGAAUGAACAUUUCAAAAAAAAUGAAAUAAAAAUUCAUAAAAUAUACAACAACGAAGAAUAUAAACCAAACUUACUUAGUAGAAAAACUAUAGAACCCGUGUUUAAGAUAUGUCCCAUAAAUGGGUCAAAUAAACUGAACACUAAUCAUCUAAGGAAUCAUAGUGAAAUCAUUAAUAAUCAUUCUGUUUGUAGCUAUAAUAAUACAAAUCAAAUUUUACAAAAAAAAUUGUUUAAUAUUAAUGAGCCACAUCGAAGUAUGGGUAUGAUAAAUAAUAAGAGAGAAGACCUUAAAUAUGAACAAAAAAAAAAUAUAAAUUUUAUAAGAAAGGGUAAUAAUUUUUAUGAAAAUAGUUUAAGAGAUAAUAACAAUUAUAAUUCAAUAAAUUCCAAUAUUGUUACUAAUAUGUAUCUAUCAAAUAAUUCAAAAAAAUAUAAUAGUGUUAGUAAUAGUUGUCAUUUAUUUAAUAAUAAAAACGAAAUGUCUAAUAAUUCUAGUAAAUAUUAUGCAUGUAAAAAUGGUCCUUAUAAUGUGUUAAACAAAUCAAAUACAUUACAUCCUUAUUAUUUUUGUAAUAACAAAAUAAAUACUAAUGGUUAUAAAAAUAUGAAUAUUCAUAAUAAUGAAAAUUGUUAUAAUAAUGAUAUAUGGAAAAUAAAAUGCAAAGAUAAUAAUAAACAAAAAUAUGUUCCUUUAAAUAUGAAUAAAAUGAAUAUAUCUAAGUCUAUAGGAUAUUAUCCUAUUCUUCAAAAAUCCAAGACAAAUAUAAAUAGUUCUAUAAAUAAUACUAAUAUAAAAAAUAAUUUGAGUGCAAGCUUAAAUGAAUAUAAUAAACAUGCAAUAUAUCUUAAUGAUAAUAUAUAUUAUGAUAAUAUUACUAUGCAUAAUAGAUAUACAAGUUGUUUUGAACCCAUAAAUAAUGAGGAAAUUUUUAGAAAAAAUCAUUUACAAAAAAAAAGUCAAUCGUUAAAUCAUAAAUUAUUAGACUGUUGUGAAUUUAAAUAUCCAAGAUUUAAAAAUGAUAAAAAUUGUGAAAAUAAUUUUUUUAUUAAUAGAAAAAAUGAUGAUUUUAAAAAUGUUUUAGGUAUGUCAAAUUUAUCAAAAACAAAUAAUGCAAUAAAUAAAAAUAUUAUAUUUCCUACUGAAAAUAUGGAUAUAAGAAAAAUAAAUUAUAAUAAUUUACAAUGUGAACCAAUUCAUCAUAACCCUAGGAAUUUUAAUUUGUGUAAUAGUUAUGAUCAUCAUUUUGCUAGUUCACAUAACAACUAUCUAAGUGAUGGGUAUAUAAAAAACAUACGAAAUAUAUACAAUAAUAGUAUGUCUAAUGGCAAUAAAAAUGGUUCAAAUUAUUUUAAUGGCAAUUUAUUUGUUAGUGAAAAGAACAGAUUAACCAAUAGCUAUACAAAUAACAUGCUUAUAAAUGAUUGUAAUAAUUUGCAAAACAAAACCUAUAGAUAUAUAAGGGCAAAAAGUUUAAAUACAUUAAGAGAUUCAAUUUUACAUUCUAAAAGUUUAAAGGUUUAUGAAGAUUGUUGCAUAAAAAACAAAAAUGAAAAUAUAGUUAAUCAUGAUUAUAAUAUGAGAGAUAUUUACAAAAAAUAUUCUUAUAUAGGAAAUGAAAAUACAUAUGAAAUAUUUUGCACUGAAAAAGGUGAAAUUCGUGAAAACGAUUUAAAUGAUGAUAAUAUAAAUCCAGUAUUAAUAAAAAGUCAUGCUGAUGAAACAAAUAAAAAGACAAAUAAUAUUUUAUUAAAUGAUAUAAAUAAUCAAAUAACACAUAAAAAAAAUGAUAAUAAUGAAAAUAUAUAUUUAUUAGAGAAAGAAAAAAAAAUCGAACAAAUAUUGGCUAACCUUUCUAAUAAUGAAAAUGAUAGUGAUAAUUGUACUUCAAUUACUAUUCAACAUUAUACUGUAAAUAAUGCUGAAAAUAAUAAAGUUGGUGAUAAUGUUUUAAGUUCUUAUAAUACUUGUGAACAAGAAGAAUCAUUAUGGAUGCCAAAUCAAUAUAAAAUAGAAAAACCAAUACUUAAAGAAUCGCUAGAAACUUAUAUACACAAAGAAGAAUGUCAAAAUGGAUUCAUUAAAUGCCGAAACAAUUUUAUAGACAAUGGAAUCAAUAAAUGUGAUGAAGAUAUGCUUUCGGGGGUAAUUGAAAAAAAGGAAAACACAAAUUGCAAGAUUAAUGAUGACGGAAAAAAAAAUAUCAAUGACAAAGUGGGGCAAAAUGACAAAGAGAUGAUAGAUAUUUGUAUAAAUAGUUCGUCAGAAAACUGUUAUAUAAAUAAUAACAGUAGCAGUAAUAACAAAUGUAGCAUUGAAAAAGAAUCGAAGAAUUUGAAAGAUGUUGUACAUGAUGAUUUCGAGCAUACUACAAUGACGACUUUUACUAUUAUUAACCCUAAUACUAUCACUUCUAGCACUUUCGAAAAUAAUACAUCUACUUGUGAAAUGAUCAGCAAUUAUAACCCGCAUAAGGAAUGUCGUAAUAUUGAAAUUAAUAAUGAUGCAAAAAAAGAGAAAGAAAAAUAUGAUAAUAAAAAAAAAAUUACAAAAUCUACUAACAAUAGUAGUAAAAUUGGGAAAAAUAAUAAAUUAUGUAAAUCAAAAAAGGCAAGUAUAGCAAAAAAACAUUGGAAAAAUAAGGAAAUUGGAGAAUUAAGCGAAAAUGAAAUACACAAAUUACCAAGUUAUUUAGUUGCAAAUAUGUGUAAUACUGUCUUUAGCGAAAUAGAUGAAAAUACCUAUGAAUACAAUUUUAUCAAGAAUAAAAAUGUAAUAAACAAACAAAAAAUGUUUAUUAAUUUUAAUGGCAAUUAUUUAGGAGAUACAAUUAAUUUCGAAAACGAUAGUAUAAUAAAUUCUAGCGACUCAACACCAAUUUUAAAAAAAAAUCGAAAAAAUGAAAAAAAUAAAAGACAUGGUAAUAAGGAAGCAAAUAUCCGAAAGAGGGAUACUAAUAUAUCUACUACGAGAAGUAUUAAUAUAUCCAAAGGAAGUUUUUCAAAUAAAAAUAUUAAAAAGGAGUUGUCUGGUUUGUGCAAAAGUAAAAUAAAUUCGAAGAAACUUGUUAAGAGAGCAACAAAAAAAGGUACUGUGUUGAAUAAAAAUGUGAUGCUUACAAAUAGAAAAGAUGAUAAGAAUAGAGGGGAUGGAGGUGAGGAAAAAAAAUUAAAAAAAAAAAAAAUAAUACAAGUCACAGAUGGGAAAGUAAAUAACAAGGAAGAAGCUACAAAAAAAAAAAAAAUUAAUAUAAAAAAAAAAAAAUGCACACAGUUAAUAAAUAAAAGUGAAGAUCCAUAUUUAAUUGGAAAGAACAAUCAUUUGAUAACGUACAACAUGUAUGAAAAUGAAAUAAAUAUAUAUUCCGAUAUAGAAUUAGAUGAUUGUAAUACUAAUAAUGGAAUGGAAAUAAAUGGUGGUAGUGUAAGUGAUACAAUAUAUGAGAAAGAUAUUAGAAACGAAGAAAAAAUAAAUAUGUCAAUAAAUUCAGAAGAUGAACAUUUUAUAAAUAAACUCAAACUAUGUAGCGUACCAGAAGUUGAUAAUUUUUAUAAAAUGUUUAAAACAAUAAAUAAUAUGUUAAGGAAUAUAAAUAAUAGUAAUUUUUUAAACAAUAUAGAUUUAGAUGAUUUAAUUAAUAUUGAAAAAGAUUUUAUUAAUAAUAAUAUAUAUAUUAAUAAAUAUUUAAUAACAACAGAUAUUGAAAAUGACCUAUUGAAAGAGGAAAAAAAUGAAAACGACAACAUAAUAUAUGAUAACAAUUUUAGUAUAAUAUAUUUAGACAACGAUAUGAUAUAUUUAAAAAAAAGAAAAUUAAAAAAUAUACUUGAUAUAUUAUUACAAAAUAAGUAUUCGUUUUAUGAAAUUAAAAUAACAAUUCUUUUAUUAAAAUUAUUUAUUUCUGUUGAAAAUAGUAAUAUACAUACAAGUAUAUACCCUCUUACAUUAAUAAAUUCCUUAAUACACAAAUUAAAUUUAAAAAUUUAUGAUAAAAAUGAAUCAAUUGAAGAUAUUAAAAAUCAUAUAUUUAAUAAAAUUGAAAAUUUCAAUAUAUAUAAAAAUAAUUUAGAACAAUCACCAUUUAAUUAUUUAUUUAUAUGUGAUGGAGAAAAUUAUUUAUGUAUAAAUGAUAACUCAUUAUGUGGAGAAACAUACCAAACAAAAGUUAAUAUAAACAACGAAUUAGGAUAUUAUCAUUAUAUUAAUUUGAACAGAUUAACAUAUUAUGUGCAAGGAAAAAAUUAA